AACGAAACACGCAAAGUUAAAACUCCUGUCUGAGUCCUUUUCUUUUCCAUGUGAAAGUAAUUGGGAACGACACCCUCAGGGACUGUGCGGGAUUAACUGAAAUGGCGUCUACAACAGCAGGUAAAAUUUUGCUUAAAUUUGUUUAUUCCUAAUAAAUACUUGGAGCGAUAGCAUUGAAAAAUAUCAAUCGUUCUAGCUCUAGAAUCCAAGUUUUCUUCGAGUGUUUGACUCUAUAUAUCGUGCAGAACGCCCAAAGAUAUUACAAAUAGCUUGCGAAAAUUAUUUUUAUAAGAACGUAAAAUUAAUAAAUACUGCAUUCAUAUCCUUUUCAGGAUAACGAUUUACGAGAAAAAAAGGUUUAAAUAGCCUUUUCCAAAAACUUGCCACAAGUUUUGUGGAUGGUGAGCAUGACUGGUUAGUCAUUCGUACCAAAUUGUGGCAUAAACAACCAUGAAAUACGCUUGUUUUUAGACUUGUAAACAGAUCAGGUUGUUUUAUUUUACACUCAGGGAUUAUAGGUGUGAAUUUAUACUGAAUUUCAGGUUGAGAGCUUCCCUUAGAAAUACUAAGAAUUGAGCUCAUGGUCUUUGAGGCUAACGGGCGACAGUUUUGUUGGUUGUUGUUCCAUAUUCGUGUGUUCCACUGGCCGUUUAACGUCGUUGUUUUAGCUUACAGUUAUACCCGCACAAGUUCUUAAAAAUCAGAAUGAUCAUGAUAGCUGUAGAUUUUCUUCAAUUUUAGAUUGUUUCAGGUUCAAAGCGAGUUUUGAUUUCACAGUAAUAAAACAAUUUCUUUUAUCUACCGGUAAAAUUAUUUGAUAUUAUAGAAAGACUGCAGUUAUCGAUCAGUGAUGCAGAAACGAAGGAAAGGGAAUAUUCACUCUUGCCUCCAAAAGAAUCAUAAGAAGGCUUAAUUUCAUUGACAAGCGAUCAUUUGAUGUAUGAAAAUUCUUUAGAAAACUCCAAAUGAAACUAAAAGAGUGACUCAUGUAAACACAGCUCGUUCAUUUUCGAUUUCAAUGUGGAUGCUUCAUUUGUUAGGCUUUCCUUUAAAGAAUUUCUUCGAUCUACUUGCAUGGCUAAAAAGAUGAGGGGCGAUGUGUUUCGCUUCUCUUGUCUCACAUGAAAGACCUCGAGUGAAUCUCAAAUGAUGUUAGCGCUUUUUGACAUCGGUCCAGUUAAUGUCUGGGAGAACAAUAUAUAAGAUGCUUCUUUAAAAAGUUGGCUUGCAAGAAUGGACAUGUAAGGGAUGAUUUUAAGCUAAGAGACAUGGAUUGUGUUGUGGUAUUCAUUCGACAGAAAAAAAGAAUGCCGGUAAAAUUCCCUACUCGAGGUCGUUAUUUUAGUUUAACUCCUCUCUCCUUCUCUCCAAAUCACUGGUAUUUGAAUAGAGGCUACAGAAUCAUCUUUGGAAAUCGAGUUGACCAAGAAAUCAACUCGCAAAGAUGGAACUAGAAAUUCAGAAGGAAAAAAACGUCGGCGGGUGAACACCAUCCACUUGUGGGAAUUUUUACUGGAUCUCCUGGCAAAUGAUGAUUUACGAACUAUAAUAUGCUGGAGUCGAAGAGAAUUCAAAGAAUUUAAACUGAAAAGACCCGAGGAGGUAUCAAGAAGAUGGGGUCUGGUUAAACGAAAGAAGGGAAUGAAUUAUGAGAAACUCAGUCGAGCAUUACGAUUCUAUUAUGGCCAAGGAAUCAUUCAAAAGGUUGGUAUGGUCACCAAGUAUUGGCAGAUGACAAAUGUGCUAACUUGUUACUAUAAACGAUUAACUUAAAGCUUACCUACUGAGGGGAAACGGUUUCUUGUGUAUACCAAAACAAGCCACUGUAGACAGCAUUGCUUGUUUGUGCAUGAUUCUCAAGUGUAAUAGUGAUUAGCAUUUCUAUCCUUUAUUGUUGUUACUGACCUCUUUUUUUAUUAUGAUUGAAAUAUUUAUACAUUUAUUUCAAAGACACACAUCACAUAUGGUAUCAAUGAUACUUCCGUCCAGAAUGCACAAUACCAAUUGUUACUUUUUAUACUACAACAUUGCUUACAAUACUAGAUUGGUAGUACCACCAACUCCAAUACUAGAGUCAACCCUAACACUAACAUUGCCUAUUGGAAAAGGCACAAUGAAGAUGUCAACCAUACAUUCAAUUAAGUUGCAUAUGAUUUAUUUAUCAUAAACAACCUUAAAUGUUGAGAUUACGUAAAAUUUCUUCAUGGAAAACAUAUUCUAUUAAUAAUAUAUUUAACAUUAAUAUAAUAUAAUAAUUAUCUAUUAAGACAAAUUGCUGCCUGUUUCUUAUUGAACCUAAUUUCUUUGUAGUUCCUCGUAGAAAUUUACAUUUCUGUUUCAAAUUUUCAAAUUUCAUUUUGAUCUUAACCAUAAGUUCAGUAAAACUUGAAAAAAUUAAGAAAAUCAAUCCCACACACAUAAUAUACAUAAUUUGGCUAUCAAUACGAGAUAAUUCCUUGAUUCGCUUUUUUUGUCGUUGUUGAUGGGUCAAGUAAGUAAUGCGAUGUUUGAUUUUUUUUUAAGUUUUUAUUUUUAUUUUUUUCAAUAUAUUAUACUUACAUAUGUACUUACACUAUACUUACUUCUUACACGAUGCUUACACUACAUUAACUUGCACUACUUACAAUACAUAUAUUACAAUACAAUUACACCAGUCAAAUUGAAUUACAGUUGAUCUAUUUGCGUUAUUGUUUGCAUGUUAAUUGUUCCAGUCACUAAUAAGAAUUUUGUUUGUUAAUUAAACUACAUAGGGUAUUAAUUUUCUAGAAUUUAAUAGAUUAUUAAAUAAAUAGGUAGCGAAAAGAAACAAAUCAAAAUACAAAAGUUGAGAAGAAAAAGGAUACAAUACAAUUUUAUAAAGACAGAAAAUAUUCCAUUUGUUCCUGAAUUCCUUCUCCUUAUUAUAAGUGACUGCAAUAUAUUAUUCUAGAUUAAUUUUUUCGCGCACAAGUGAGACAAAAUCAUCGAAUUGGUACGUUACGGUAUUAAAAGCGUUAACAUGUAAGAAAUAUUUACCCAAAAUAACGAGAUGGUUGAGGGCUAAACAGUAGGUGUGACAGCGAAUAAUUCCGAACAUAACCUCUAGUUCUGGUGUUUAAUUUUUGUACUUUAUGACCUGUUGCACCUUUGUGAUUUCUACCUAUGUUUUAGCACAGGGCACAUGGUGCAUUUUAUUAUAUCAUAGCUUUAAAGGAUAGGAAUUUGGAAUAACCAGAGAAGCCCUCCUCCAGCCAGAUAAUUGGUUUGGCGGGAUACGGGAUGCGGGAUGCGGGAUGCAAGUCUGUACCUUCCUCUAUAACAAUCCACAUGAUUGUACGUCUGGCUUAUAUAUCUAUACAUUUUUUAUUUUUUUAUCUUUUUCAUGUUCUCCAGAUUCCUGGCCAACCUUUCACUUACAAGUUCGACAGGCUGCCUUACAAAUAUGAGCCAAGAGUCUCAAAGUCAAGUGAUCAAGAAAGCAAAACGAGUUCAUCCAACAGAGAACAAGAGAAAAUUUCAUCUGAUAAGUCUACAUUACAUAAAACUGGACAAUCCUCACUCUCGUCUUCAUCUGAGCAGUCAACACUUUCUCCUGCCGAGACUCCCCGGGGGAGAUGUACAUCCCCCUGUCUGGUAGCCAUACUUGCAGAGUCAGCACAAGCGAGCCGGGAGACAGUUGAAUAUUGUUCUCCUCAAGAAAGCAAUAUUUCAAGCUUCAGAAAAAAAAGAAAAAAGAUUGAAAGCUAUCGUCCCCAAAGUUGUCUAAAGCGAAAUCAAAUGAAUUCAACUAAGGCUACACCGGUCCCAGUAAUAAAACGAGUUGCCUCAUACAAUUGUCAAUGAACAAAUUUCUUAUCAUCAAAAUAGCUGCCUUUUUGUGAAUGAAAUUCAAGAUAAAGCUGAACAAACUAUCGCAUGUGGGAAAUAUCCAGGGUGAAAUAACAGUGUUAUAAACCGCAGCCAGGACUCAGUCUUUUAAAAGCUCGACAGUUUUGUCAGGUUGCAGAUUUCUUGGAUGUGAGAUGAACAUUUAUCAAUUUUGCUGUUGUUUUGUCGGAAACUCUCGUGGCCAAUCAAGCAACCAUUCGUUAAGUCUGUUAUGUACAGGUUUUAAACAUUCUUAUUUUCUCAUUUUGUAGGUUGCAGGCCAGAGAUUAGUGUACAAGUUUAACGAACUGCCAUAUAAGUGUGAACCCGGUGUAACGAGAUCUCUUUACCAAGGGAACAGAAUCAAGGCUUCCAUCCAAGAACCAACGAAAUCUAAAGAAGCCGACCCCACCCCUCCCAAGACAAAUACUAACACUUCACUGUCAGCUUUUACUCCAGUUCGAGGACAUCCCAAAAAGAGCUGGUCUUGGCCGCUUCUUUCCACGCCAUCGAAUCCUUUCGUUUUGUACCCAGGUUCCACUCCUAACACGCCUACAAUAUUUGACAGCUCUAAGACAAUGAUCGUAUUCCCGUUUGGUCCCAGUCCACCUGUGCGCCAUACAUUACCGUUGCAUUUGAAACGGGAACACGAUGAACCUGUUGGUAAAAUGAUAACUGCUGAAGUUACUUCGAUUCCGGUCUCGAUCUUUCAGCGUGUCUAACGCACGUUGAUAUCGAGAUUUAGGACACACCUCACAGCUUUUUUUCCAUUAGAAAAAACAGGACUUAAAAACAGGACAACAUAUUAGAUUAAAGUAUCUUGACCUAAAGUCGUUCUACCUUAUAACAGAUUAUUCAAUUACUUAUCCUGCUUUUAUAUUCGUUUAGUCUCCUCCACUUUAAAGUAGUCUGAAUAAUAGAAAAAUUGCCACUAAGUUUUCCAGCUCGAUGGGAUAACAUCGAGCUGAAAAGAGUAAGUCAUCAUCUCAGGUUAUCCUUCCAAUACUUUAA